UGGGGCCAUAUAGCAAAAUUUGCAUUCAAUGAAAAGAGCAAUCGAGAUGAUGAUAAGCUUGGGCUACAAAUUGUGAAGGACCUGCAUAGAACUGGCUAUAGCAAGUUCUGUGAUAAAAAUAGGCCGGAAAAUAGAGCGGCUUUAAAAAGGGUAUUACUCGGUUAUGCACGAUGGAACAAAGCUGUUGGCUAUUGCCAAGGAUUUAAUGUCAUUGCAGCGCUAAUACUAGAUGUAUUUGAGGGAAAUGAGGAACAAGCCUUGAAGGUUAUGAUUUACCUAAUCGAUUAUGUGCUCCCUAAGAAUUAUUUCGCUAACAACUUGCGAGCACUAUCAGUCGAUAUGGCCGUAUUUAGAGAUUUACUUAGAGAAGAAGAGCCAGAUUUAUGCCAACAUUUAGAUAAAUUACAAGCAGAAGCUGCAGAAGAAGCAGGCAGCGAUUAUGAACCGCCUUUAACAAACGUAUUUACUAUGCAAUGGUUUCUAACGAUUUUUGCUACUUGCCUGCCUCGCGACACAAUUCUUAGAAUUUGGGAUUGUGUACUUCUCGAAGGAUCAACUGUCUUGGUUCGUACAUCCUUAGCGUUGUGGUCGAUACUCGGAGAACGUAUUUCCGCUGCAGAAAAUGCUCAUGAAUUUUAUAGUAUGAUGGGAUACAUUUCACAGAAAAUGUUAGAGGGCAGAAUUAUCGAUCGUGAUGCACUAAUUCAGAAAAUAUAUUCUAAUGGAUCCUUCCCUCAUCCAAUCAUCGAAGAACUGCGUGAUAAAUAUACUUACAAUAUUACGCCAUUUACGUCUUCAACUUCAGAAGUACCAUCGAAAUAUUCUACAUCAGGUAGCACCGGAAGUACUCGUGAUAGUGAUGAUGAUGACGAGAAUUACGUUGAAUGUCCACAAACUCCGCCGGCGAAGUGCUUAGGAGGAUUUUUUCCAUAUCCAGAAGAAGGUAAUUUUUAUUGUGCCUCAAUAACUGACUAUUUAGAGUAUUUAAAAUGA